AAGUCUCCGCCAGAAAAGAAAUUACAAGCCAAGACUUUAUUUAUGCCGAGUAGUUAGCCAUUGAAGAGAGGACUUGUGCAGUUGGUAGUUGAAAUUUGGCAUCCCUAACGCCAUAAUUUUGAAGUUUUCAUGAUCUUUUAACGGAACGGGAGAUUCCUCUUCUCGUCAGUUUCUGUGAGCCGAGUCGGCAAAUUAGUUCAACUAGACACACACAAGCACAUUUGCAGAGACAAUUCUGCAAGCUUAUUGACUCAUUGUUUGUUGGUGAACAAGUGAGUACAUCGACAUGGCUAUGGAAUUAAACAACGGCGAGGAAGCAAAUGGGUUCACAACACAUGAGAAUGGAGAGGAAAGCAAUGAGAUUGAGCAGAAUAAAGUCCGUAUUAUGAGAGCCCAUGUCGAAAGAGAAGAUCCCUCCUCCAAGGAUGAAGAUGAUUUAGUGAUCCGGAGAUUUUUGCGGGCUCGUGAAUUAGAUAUUGAGAAAGCUUCUACCUUAUUCCUUAAGUAUCUAAGCUGGAGGCGAACGUUUCUCCCUAAUGGCUUUAUCUCGACAUCAGAGAUUCCAAAUGAACUUGCCCAAAAUAAGUUGUUUAUGCAAGGUGUUGACAAGAAGAAUCACCCCAUAGUGGUGGUUUUUGGUGCCAAACAUAAACCAUAUAAAGGAAGUUUAGAGGAGUUCAAGCGUUUUGUAGCCUUCACUCUUGAGAGAAUAUGUGCCAGAAUGCCACCUGGACAGGAAAAAUUUGUUGCCAUCGCAGAUCUUGAAGGAUGGGGAUACACUAACAGCGACAUUCGCGGAUAUCUAGCAGCACUAUCAAUACUGCAGGACUGUUACCCAGAAAGGUUAGCCAAACUGUAUAUAGUCCAUGUACCUUACAUAUUCAUGACUGCAUGGAAGGUUAUAUACCCAUUCAUCGACAAGAAAACCAAAAAGAAGAUAAUUUUUGUUGAGAACAAAAAUUUGACGUCCACUCUGCUGGACGACAUUGAUGAGAGCCAGGUCCCUGAUAUUUAUGGAGGCAAACAACCAUUAGUUGCUAUCCAAGACAGCUAGCACCACGUGCGAAGUUCCAGCUUUCUGCUCAUCAAGAAGCAGUAGUCACUAUAACAAUGAUAAUUCGAACCUUAACAUUUCCAUCUUCCCCUAAAUUCAAGGUUCUAUAGGCUUUUGAUUCAAACCAUAGUAGCUGAGAUCAUUAGUGUAUUUUUUAACUCUCUUGGAUGGUCUAUAAUCAUAUUCUUCAAAUAAAAGAAAUUCUGCUCAUUCUAUUA